AAAGAGUACUAUUUACUGCUUAAUCUUGGUUCAUUUGCUGGAACUGACACAGAUUAGCUUCUUCUGUCUGACUUGUCUCAGUAAUUCUGGAAAUUGUGUCUUACCACGAGGAGUCGGACUGACAGCCGAGAGCCGAUUCCGCUACACAGUUGUGCUGUCUGGGCUCUUCAGUUCACCUGUCAUGUUCAGACCUGCUUCGGUCACAGGUGUAUCUGCACCUGCUGCGGGAGUUACGAGCGCUGCGCUUGAUUUGUCAGACUUGCGUGUUAUUUGGUUUGUUCGUUUGUAUUUUUUGUGUGCACAUUUUCCUCGUUUGGAGUGAAAUCACAUUUGAGCCUAAAGGCUCAAUAAGUAAAGGCUUCUUGUAGGUACAGCUGGAAACAACAUCUGUGUUUUGGAAAGUAAGCGGGCAGUGCUCGUGCUACAGAAUGAUCCGGCUUACAACCAGCGGCGGCCUUACACAAGUGAGGAUGAGGCCUGGAAGUCGUUCCUGGAGAACCCCCUCACAGCCGCCACCAAGGCAAUGAUGAGCAUCAAUGGAGAUGAAGACAGUGCUGCAGCUCUGGGUUUUCUAUACGAAUACUACAAGGUGCCGCGGGAAAAGAGAACAAUAUCCCAGCCAAAGGCUGACGUCCUGGGCUCUGAUGUGGAUCCCAACAAAAGAAACUUGAUGACCACUCUCCAAGAGCCAUCGCCAGAGAACCGAAUCCAGGUUCUGAAAGGAGUAAAUAUCGUUCUUCCAGGGAACCAGCACACCCAGGACAAGAGAGGCCUUUUCCCCUCACCCGAUACUACGGUGACAGUAUCCAUUGCGCCUGGGCCAAACUACCCAGUGAAGACUGAGGGUCCAUCACAUGGAUUCUCCGUCACAGUCCCCAAUCGACACUGCUCAGAACCAGACAAUCACACGGUGGUAUUCGACCCUCAGCUCCCCCACAACCAGUUCAGUCCAAACACUCAGCCACGCACCCCAGACUCGACCUUCCCAGAGAACCCAGAUGUGUUUGCGUUCCCAAGGGAUCUCCAUUUAGGCAUGGGUCCCAUCCCGCAAGAGGACUACGCCACUUUUGACACAGUGUCAGGUAAUAAUUUUGAAUACACAUUAGAUGCCUCCAAGUCUCUCAGACAGAAAUCUGGUGAUGGCACAAUGACAUACCUCAACAAGGGACAGUUCUAUCCCAUCACCCUCAGGGAAACCGACAAUGGCAAACUGCUGCAUGGCCCCAUCUGUAAAGUCAGGAGUGUUGUGAUGGUAGUGUUCGGAGAAGAGAAAUCCAGAGAUGACCAACUCAAGCACUGGAAAUACUGGCACUCAAGACAGCACACGGCCAAGCAGAGAUGCAUUGAUAUUGCGGACUACAAAGAAAGUUUCAACACCAUCAGCAAUAUUGAGGAGAUUUCAUAUAAUGCCAUUUCAUUCACAUGGGACAUCAGCGAGGAAGCAAAGAUCUUCAUCUCAGUGAACUGUCUGAGCACAGACUUCUCCUCUCAGAAGGGAGUGAAGGGCCUACCGCUCAACCUACAGAUCGACACCUACAGCUACAACAACCGCAGCAAUAAGCCUAUCCACCGCGCUUACUGCCAGAUUAAGGUCUUCUGCGACAAGGGUGCAGAGCGCAAGAUCCGUGAUGAGGAGAGGAAACAGUCCCGUAGGAAGGGCAAAUGCCCUGAAGUCAACACUCCUUUGGGAAAUUUUGGGCCAGAUGUCAAGGUUCCCCUUCUGCACAAGCGCAGCGACAUCACCAUCUUCAAGACAAUGAUGGACUUCGAGACGCAGCCUGUUCUUUUCAUCCCCGACAUCCAUUUCUCCACCUUCCAGCGUCAUCCUUUCUCUCCGGAGGACUCAGAGGAGGGCUCAGCUAUGAAGAGAUUACCUUACUCCGAGGAGGAGUUUGGAUCACCUCCCAAUAAGCUGGCAAGGAUGGAUGAGCCCAAAAGAGUUUUGCUGUAUGUGCGCAAGGAGGCAGAGGAAGUGUUUGAUGCUCUCAUGCUGAAAACUCCCUCUCUAAAAGGCCUGGUGGAAGCGAUUUCAGAGAAAUAUGAUGUUCCUCUUGAGAAGAUGGGAAAGGUCUGCAAGAAAUGCAAGAAAGGGAUCUUGGUAAACAUGGACGACAACAUCGUCAAGCACUACUCCAACGAGGACACCUUCCAGAUCCAGAUUGAGGAAAUGGGAGGAAUGUUUAAGCUCACGCUGACAGAGAUUUGAAGAUCCUACAGACUGGUUUACACCAGGCUUCCUGAUCUAUUAGGACACAACAGAUCCCUCAGCAACUCACUGUCAUCUUUUAGCAUAGUCUAAUGAACAGUUGUGGGGUGACCUAAUACAGUAUAUGAGCCUUAAGUACUUUGUGAAUUGAGAGUGAAAUAAUAGAAUCGCUCUGAUUAAUAGCCCUGAGCAGUAUUUAGUGAGUACAGUAUAUUAUCUCUUGCUCAGCAACUCUAUGAGAUGCAGUGUCAUAAGCACUGUGUGUACAGUAUGUGUGUAACUUUUAUUCCCUAGAAAAAAGUCAACAUCAAUCUAAAUUCAACUUUAGACUUCCCCAAAGUCUGUCAUUCCUUAUAUGAACAAAUAAGGUCCAUACAACAGAGCAUCUGAUAAAUCCUUCAGAAGGCAUUUUCAAAAUGUGAUCCUUAGAGAAUCGGUAUAAACUUUCUUUGUUUUAACUAAAUAACACUAGAGAUUUAUAAGCACAUUAUUUUGUAUUGCUAUGAACUGUGAUUUUGUUGAAUUUGCAAUCAGUGCUAAUGUAAUUCAUGAUUGCCAAAGUUACAAUAUCAGGAAGUGCAUGCAAGUAUCUUUGAAGACAAUCAAAUAAAUAGUUACAUUUUGUUUAUUUGGUUACACAGUAACCAUUAUAUGACGCCCCAUAAACGAAUGUUAUUUUGAUUCUGCUGACCUCAGUGCACAUGCUAAAACUAUAAUUCAUAUUUCACUUCUGAUUAUGCAUUCCCCUUUCUAAAAAAAUGUUGUUUCUGAUUAAAUGUACAGCUUUUGAUUCAUUUUUCUAAAUGUAACUGAUACACUCUUUGUAUCAUUUCUUUUGUAUAUAUUUAUUAACACUGGGAUGGGACUGUUAACAAAGUUUUCUAUACGAUUUUAAAUUUUUACAUGGAAUCAUUCAAAAUGAUCUAUUUAUGCAAAUGGGAAUAUUUGUAGUUUGUUGUUAAUGUCUGAUUUGGAUUUAAUGUGCAUAUUUAAGUGUUCUUAUACACACAGAUAUUGUUUUCCUUUACUUCUUAACUAUUAGUCAGACAUGUUUCCUUUUUGUAUCAGAUACACAUCUGAAGCUCCAAUAAAAGCCACUUGGGCCCUUGUAUUUUA